GUUGUUCUGGAGCGAACGUAAAAUAACCAAGGCUCGGGAAUGGUUCCAUCGGACCGUGAAGAUCGAUUCGGACUUGGGAGAUGCCUGGGCGUUCUUUUAUAAAUUUGAGCUUCAGCACGGCACCGAGGAACAGCAGGAAGAGGCGAGGAAGCGUUGCGAGAACGCCGAGCCGCGGCACGGGGAGCUCUGGUGCGAGGUCUCCAAGGACAUCAGCAAUUGGCAGAGCAAGAUUGGCGAGAUCCUGCUGCUAGUGGCCGCCAAGAUCAAGAACACCUUCUAGGAAGAGGAGAGCCGCGGGAUCAAAGGAGGCCUUGGGCCAAAAGGACCCUUCUUGGCUCUCCCCUCCUGCCCACAGCAUCGGCCGAGAGAGAGAGCUGGGUAGCCUAUUUGCCCCAGGCCAUGUGCCACCCUGACAGCUGGACAACAGACUGCCUGGGAAAUGUUUUGUAUAGCAGCUUCGCCCUUCUUGAGAGCGAACACCAGGAACUCAAUGGUCCCAGCUGACAGGCAGAUGUUUCCCCUGCUGUCUGAAGUCCCCAGAUGUUUGUUUGUUUUUCUCCCAAUUCCUUUGAAAAGCUUCUGGCCGGUGGGCCCUCCCAGGGACCCAGAAUGUUUUCUAAUAUUCAGCUUGCCUACUUAAAUUCACAGUCUGCUUCUCCCCUCCUCCUCCUCUCCCUCCUCCUCCUCCUCUUCUUCUUCCCCCCUCCUGUUCUUCCUCCUCCGCCU